GUAUAAUAAUUUUGCAAGAUAAAUAUUGAAAAUUGUUCUCUUUAUCAUCUCACUGACCUACCUUGUUAUUUAACAAUGUUCCACUGUGCUGUGAAAUGAAAAAAAUAUUUUAAAAAUCACUUUUUGUGAAUACCUUUAUUAAGCAAGUUGAUCUAUAUGAGCUAAAAAAGGAAAGUUGUAUGAGCAAGCUUUCAGGAUGAUAUACCAACCGUGCCAGAAGGAUUAGCUCACCAUCUGUUAAUUAUUAUGCUGAUAGUGAUAGCUUCAAAGAGAUUUUCUUUUGUUUAUUGCAGGAUUUCACAAACACAAAAAAGGACUUGCAAAAUAUUUGGAAUCGGUCUCUACAUCAACAUGCAGUUCAGCUUCAUUUGUACAUCAGCCUCUCAAUACAAACGCAAGUUUUGGGCAGUAUAUAAGCAGAUCUAAUAUUUCUGUAAUGGACUCUGCUCAUAAUUUGCCUGUUUCACAAUUACAGAGUUGCGAGAAACCUUAUUCAUGUGCUAUUUGUGGGAAAGGGUUUCUCUCUUCCACUGGAUUUAAUUUACACAUGCAAGCCCACAAAGGAAGGCAAUUUAUGUGUAAUAUUUGUGACUCAAGAUUCAAUCAGAAAGUUCAUCUGAAAACACAUCUAAAAAAAAUUCACAAGCUGGCACAAUGCAUGUUGUGUUGUCAUGUAUUUGGUAUUGGAGAUGAAUAUAAUCAACACUUGAUGAACUGCAAAUAGAUGUUCCAUGACUUAAAAAAGUGUUCUUGUGAGCAUUUUGGAAAUGUA